GACUCCAUCCAAUCCCACCCCAAGGAGGAAAACUGGAGAUUGCUGGGAUGGUUGUGGGCCAGUGGGCUGGCAGCAGAUCCUCUAGGGGGCGAGGCUCCUUUGGCAUGCAAGUGGUUUCUGUCGGUGGGCCAGGAAAGGGGCAUGGAAAAGAACAGACUGGUAGAGGUGCCAAAGGACACAAAAAAGGAAAUAAACAAAGCUCUUCAGAUGGAGUUUCUAAAUCCCUGGAGCCUCAACAAGGUCGGUCUCGCUCACAGGUAGAUGGAAACAGUGGCACAUUGAUCAAGGAAGAGACGAAUGAUCAUCUUCCAGCUUCAUCACAGUGUGCCUUAUCCAGAGACAGCAGUGUGUGUAAUAACGGUAACCGGUACUUUCCUGGGAAGAAUGGUGAGAAGAGCCGCUUACAAGAGCAAAAGCUAGGAACUGUGACACAACAGAAAGAGGAGUAACAAGCAAGAAGAUGGCUUCAGCAGAUCAGGAAGAGGGGAAAACCUAUACUUCUCUGAUUUUAGGCCUAAGUUAGAGGAGGACGUGAAAUGCUUAUCCUAGUUUUGUUCAGGAUUUUGAUGGGGGUGUUCUUUGGUAUCCAUCUUUUCCCCUUCCCUGUCUUUUUCUGGGCUUCCAGACUCAGCAGUCUGUUUCUAGAGAAGCUCUGAUCAAAUAUGAACAGCAACAAGACUAGUUCCUAUUCUCAAAUUGAAUAUAUAGUGCCAAUAUUCUCUUUACCUCCCCUGGGAGGCUAUUAAGGCACAGACUAUUGGGUAUCAUCACGUAAGGACCUAUAGAAAAGGUCUAGCUUUGGUUUUCUGAGUCUUUAUUAUGAUGUUCAUUUACAAAACCCAUGGGAUGGUGGAUACAGCUACCUAUGGCUUCCUAACUUGUUUUUUUCUUUAUGAACUGGUAGGGCCUUCAUGUAUAAUCAGUAUCCACAUCCUUCUAACUCUUUUCCCCACUCACCUAUGCCAGGGAUUUGUACUACCGCCUCUAGCUCUGGCCUGACAAUCAGAUAGGUAGAUGUUUUCAGGGAAGUGAGGUAGUAUUGGUUAUUUUAUUUUUUUUAUUCUUUUUUUAAUUUUAUACACUUAAAAUAACUACCAAUGGCCUUUGUACUGGGGGAUUCAAGUGAGUCGAAAAAGUACUGGGCAGAUUUUUCCUGCCUCUGAACUAAAGCAUUAUUUGUAAAAUAGAAGAUGUGGUGCAGUUCACCCACUCCCUGCAAGGGUGGGAAUCAAUGUAAUUAAAUGGUGUUCUAAAGGGAACUCAAAAGACUGUGUGCGUGCGUGUGUGCAUGUGUGUGUGUCUGUCUGUACGGAUGUUUGGGUGGAUGUAUAUAUGAAUGUGUGUAUCUAUAUGCAUACACAUACCCUUUAUAUAAAGAGACAGAUCUAUUUAUCUAUAUAUAUUUUAUAUAUAUAUAAAUAUAUGUGUAUGUAUGUAUAUAUAAAUAUAUAUAUAUGUUGUGUGUGUGUAUAUAUAUAUAUAUAUAUAUAUACACAUGCACAUACAUACAUACAUGAUGAUGUCCCAGAAGAUUUACUGAAUUUCCCAGAAAUGCUUCCACUGCUAUGGAGUGGUGGGUUUCAGAAGACCACAGUUUAAAAAUCCUUACUAAGUCAUAGCCCAUCACAAUUACAAGAAGAUGGGCUUCUCUAAGCAGACAAAAAGUACUUUCCAGAAAUUGCCUGUUCAGAACAACAAACAGUUGGAUUGUUACAAGCUUAAUCUUGAUCAGAGUCCUCACAUCCCCUAUGGUAAAAACAGGAGGUUGGAGUAGGAUUGGGAAGAGUUGGGCGUUUUCUUAUGAAGGAGCAGCCUGGUUGGGAGAGAGAAAGCGGAUGGAAGGUAAUUACCAGGGCUUGCAGCCAGUUUGGGGAAAUCUCAUCUGAAACUCUAGGAUCAAACUGGCCUUAGGCUAGAAUUGAUUGUCAUGAAUCCCUGAAGGAGAGUGGGUAGGGAAGUGUGAGGAAAUCGACAAUUUGAUUUUACAUGCCUAGAUUGUUUCAUUUAUUCAUUGACAUUUUGACUACUGGAUCUUUUCAUUUGCUUUGCAAGGAAGACUUCAGAGGACUCUGGCCUGGGCCAACAGGGGUGUUCUAUGAAAGGUUCCUGGCCCCCAAGUAAGAUCAGAAUCUGCCCGGGACAAAGAGUCUGUUACUCUUUGCCAGAGAUACUCUUGAGACAACCUUGCACUUCCGGUUUCCCUCCUCAGCAGCCUAAGUAUAAGGGAUGGGAACAUGGCUUGCAACAGAUUAGCAUGUGUCUUCAUUCAGGAAUUGAGGCUUCUAGCCUCAUACACCUCCUUUUGGGCUUUGUAAUAUUCUUGCCCAAGAAGUACCAUUUCUACAGGAACACAACUGACUAGACUUCUAGCAGGGUCCUCUCUCUUUUUGAAAAACCUCAUGCGCCUUAACCCAGAGCAGGUCCUGGGUGACAUUUUUCCAGACAACCAGAAAGCUGUUUGCUUACUGCCCGCUUACAAUGAGUGUAUCAUGAAAGACUGAAGAUGUCUCAGAUUGUUUUAUCCUAGUCUGGCCCAGUUUAAGAGAACCCACAGUUUGCAGAGGUGGGGAGGUCUAGAAUGCCUCUUCCCCUACCCAGACACUUCUUACAUAAACCAGAGCAGGAUGACAAGAAUGCGUACCCAGGCAAAUGUAACCAAUAAUAAAGUGUACAAAAGCUUCCUCUAUGGAAUUGGCUCCCCUAGUUUUCCCCGCUCUUUUCCUAGCCUGCCCAACCUUUCACAACAUCUUGAUGGUUAGGACUUCUAUUUCCAGCAAGAGAAGGAUUUAAUAGCGAACUUACAUGACUUGGAAAUUUCUUUCUGGAACCACAGAGGGAGGAAUCCUUUGGAGCUCUAAAAGUAACCAGAAUCACUGAACUGUGUUAACUAGCUAGCUAGCUCCAUUUUCUAUUUGGAAGUACUUGGAGUUAUAUAAGGUAUUUUCUUCAGUUGCUGUUUCUGUAAAUCUUGAAUCUAUUUGAUAUGAUCAAAUGACAGUAUUGUUAACUCUCACAGCAUUAAGAAGAUAUAUUAUUUUGUAGGCAUUCACUGUGAGAAGUAAAACUGCUGUUUGACAGGGAUGAUUCCAGUUUGCCAAAAGGCUUGCUUUUCUCCCUUCCACACACUCCACUUUCUCCUAGCCUGGCCCAGAAUGAAACAAGUGACUCACUUCCAACUUUGAUUUUUAUUUAGAUUCAGAAUUUUGAGUUUGUAAGGUUACAAGAAAGAACUAUAAAGGGCCAUAGUCCUAUUACUUUAUCUGCCAAGACAUAUAAUUUUGAAGUCAGAAAGACUAAGGUUUAUCACUGGAAGAUUAACUUUUUCUAGUUUCAAGAUCAACUUUUUCUAAUUUCUUUCAAAUUAGGGAACUGAGUCUGUUCUUUGUUGUGAGUACCACUUGAAGAGACUGUCAUCCUUCAUUUGAGGUUCAAUUUCUGACUUUCUUGAACAAAGUCAUACAUCAUUUAGGAAACCCCAGAAAUGACCCCUUUACUUUGUAGGGCCAUAAGCAAAAGCACCCUGGAUAUAUACAGCCACAGAUCCUCAAGGACUUGCAGUUCUUGAUUUCUGCUGGUGUAUCUUGGGGUCAGCCUAUAACUUCCACCCUUAUUCAGUGGCCAGUCUAGUCUGGACCAGGCCUGAUAAAACUUCUGCUCACUUGUACCAUUUUCAUUCUAAGCCAGUAGGACUUUGGGUAGACUUUAAAACCGAAGAAAUGGCACUUGCUUUAGCUAGUGACAUUUGGUUUUUGUCUGCAUCUUGAUUUCCUGGCAUCAUUGGCCAAGUCACAUUAACUUGUUUUAAUCACUGAGAAAAAGUCAUGUAAGGCAUUAGAGAGGGUGGUUAAGAAGGGGCUUGGGGUAAGAAAGUUUAUGUAGGGUAAAAAGAAUGUGGAAGUAACUGCUUGGCUAUAGAGAUCCAGUCCACUGGAACCUUAGAAGGCUUCUGUAAGCACGUCAGUGCUACCCUUUCGGCCUUUAAGAUUCCCCACCCCACAUUGAAAUGACAGUACAAGUAGACCACAGUUUAAGUAGUUAGUUAAUUCUACUAAGGUUUAAUCAUUUUACUUGUUCAGUUCCUAAUGCAUAUUUCCCAAAUAUGCUCGGGGUUUUGGAGGGUAAGUUCUCACUAUUCCAUUGUGUGUCACCCUAUAUUUUUCUCCCUCUUGUGACUUUGGCACCUUCUUUUAUUUGACUUUCCAUUUUCUUUUCCCUUAGCUUAUUGCUAUAGUCUGCUGGUGCAGGUAGAGUUCAGUGUACCUAUUCCUGUAUUACUGCUAAUUAUCUUCAGGAUUGUCAGAGGUUAUUUUGCUGUUUGAAGAAAAGAACUUCAUAUUUUUUUUACAAAACAUUUUUUCCAAGGUAAAAGCAAAAUAAAAUACCCCCUGUGCUAGGGUGCCCACUGCAGCUUUUGACAUUGCCCUUGUACUUUUUUAUAGAUGCUCUCUUUGUCCGUGUUGGUAGUAACUGAUGACUAGUGGAUUUUCAUGUAAAUGAAACAAAUUACAUAUUUCAGUUUUUAUUAAUCAUUCAUAACCCCGCCAAAGCUGAUGAAUUCAUUUUAGUUACUUCCCAGAAGACACUUCCUCAUCCACCUUUUAUUUUAUUCUAUUCUAUUUCUAGAAUAACAUACUAGGUAAAGAAACUUUAACUACAAGGAUUCAUUGAGUUUUAGUGCUCCCUGAUAAAUGAUGUUAUUGACCAAUGUAAAAUCUUUCAAUGUUUUUUCCUGUGUUAAUAUCUCUUCUCCUGUGCUCUUGACAGUGUGUUUAGUGGAUGGAUAAUAUGUAUUUCUCUUCCAAAUUCCCUGCCUUUUUGGCCCACCUCACCACAAAAGCUCCAUAGUUUAUUAAUGUAAGUUUGAAUGGAUGCUUCUUAGGGGAAACUGCAGGAGUUAAGGAAAGUGUUUCAGAAAGGAAUGAAAAUGUCUCAGGAGUUGUUCUGUGAUGGAAAUUGGUCUGGUGUUCUGUUAAUGCUGAUGGAAAGAAACUUACAGUGCUUAAUAAAAGUCUAUUCUUUCAGUUAAAAAAUG